AUGAUUGCACUAGCAACAGCAACCUCAGGCGUAGCUGCAGCAUUAUUGCCUGGAGGAAGAACUGCACAUUCGCGGUUCAAGAUACCAAUUAAUGCAAAUGAAGCUAGCUUUUGCAAUGUAACAGUGCAAAGUGGUACAGCAAAGUUAUUGCAUAAAGCAGAUUUAAUUAUUUGGGAUGAGGCCCCAAUGGCAAAGCGUUGUGCAAUAGAAACUCUAAACAGAACAAUGCAGGACAUAAUGGAAACCAAUCUGGAUUUUGGAGGAAAAGUGGUUGUUUUUGGGGGAGACUCUCGACAAGUCCUACCAGUUGUAUCAAAAGCAACUAAGGAAGAGACUAUUGAAGCCAGCCUUGUGAAGUCAGAAUUGUGGAAAAAAAUGGAAAUAUUGAUGCUGACAAGAAACAUGCGAGCUGAAGGGGAUCCUUAUUUUUCUGACUUUCUCCUACAGGUUGGAAAUGGAGAUGAGCACACCUGCAAGGAUGACAUGAUACGAAUCCCAGAUCAAUUAUUGCUCAAGUAUGACAAAGAAGACAUACCAGAACAAUGCUUGAUCAAUAAAAUCUUUCCAUGUCUACAAGAAAAUGCACAUUCCGUUCAGUACAUUGCAGAAAGAGCGAUAUUGGCAGCAAAGAAUGAUAUGGUAGACAUGCUGAAUAACAAGUUAAUUGAUCAGUUUCCAGGUACGAAACACACUUUUCUUAGUUUUGAUGCAGCUGAGGAUGAUACCAAUAAUUACUAUCAAGAGGAAUUUCUCAAUUCUUUGACUCCGAAUGGUUUGCCACCACAUAAGUUAGAAUUGAAGGAAAAUGCACCAAUUAUGCUCUUAAGAAAUCUAGAUCCAUCAAAUGGUUUAUGCAACGGGACAAGAAUGGUAUGCAUACAUUUUCAAGAUAAUGUCAUCCAUGCAGAGAUUACAGCAGGCCAACAUAAAGGGGUUCAUGUUCUUUUGCCCCGCGUACCUCUUUCUCCAACAGAGACUGAUGGCUAUCCAUUCAAGUUCAAGAGGAAACAAUAUCCUAUAUGA